ACCAAUCGCAUGCGUCGUUUGCCCGGCCAAUGAAAUGCACCUGCUUUUUUGUAUGAGGGAAGACUCGAUGGAGGUGCAUGAGGCCGCGAGCCGCCUCCUGGCGUGUCCGCGCCUGAGCCGUGAGCGUGAAGCUGAACGCCAACGUGCCAUCCAGCAGCCACUGGCCGUCAACUGGCGUGAGAAAAUCGAGGCGAACGGACAGGUCUAUAUAAGCAUCAGUAGCGACGACGAAGAUGACGAAGAAGAUGAACGAGAAUUUGAGCAGAUUCCGCCGGUUUCCGACGUGAAAACGGAGUUUGAGCCGGAAAUUGUGACGAUUGACAGCAGCAGCGAGGAGGAGGAGGAACCUGUGAGGGUUAAGAGGAAGGUGGACGAGCUGAGCGAGCUGGAAAUAGACGACGAAGAGAAGGAAGAGGAGAAAGAAGAGGAACAGCCGGUGGUUAUAGUUCCGCAAAAGAAGAAAAAGCAUCAAAGACAGGUUGCUACCAAGAAGAACGUCUUCUGGGAGCAGCAUCAUGUGGCUGGAGUAAGAAAGCGCCGGUUAGGAGAAGAAGACGCAGCAUUUUUGCUGUUUUACGGCGACCGAGAGUCUCCUAGUGCCAAUAUUUUGCGGCUAAUCAUCGAGUUGAUUUCCACUGAUAUAGGCGAGUCGGACGAAUUCUUGUCUCGGUAUGUCAAAUAUUUGCUCUGGUGCAAGCUCAGCUCAGCUGUGGAGGCAGGACUGGCCAGUGAGCGUAUCGUACAGUCCGAAUGGACCAAGAUCGUCUUCAGCUGUCCUGUGCCAGCGCAUCGUCGUAGAUCAGGCCCCAUGCCUCGACCGGAUCUGUUGCCGCGCCCCAUCACGAUUACAGUGCGGCCAUUGCAGUUCGCCCGGAAACGGCCGCAACGUCGAAGUCUUUGCGUACUGGCCGGCAAUAACGCUGAGGUUGCUACCAAACAGGAGCCAGUGUCCCCACGCGCGACGCCAGAAGAGAGAGCUGUGGCUCUAGCCAACAGAUUAGCUGGUAAAGGAGCACAAUCCAAGCCAAAGAGUCCAAAGAAGAGCACCAAGACGAAUCAAACCAAGUCUCCUCGAGGAGAAGUACGCAAACGACCGCUUGCUGCAACACACAGUGACGCUAUGCCGUCGAGCAAUGGCUACGCUCAACUUGCAGGGUUUUCUCCACGGAAGCAACGACGACGCAACGGUGAAGUGGGCUUGCCAACUGUGACGCCGCGUCAGGUUGUACGUGCCAAGAGCUCUACCGGUCAGAGUAUCAGUCAAAAACUUAUGGAGCCUCUACCGUACGAUUGCCGCACACUUGGAGACAAUCGCAGUCUGCCGCUUGGAUGGCACCCACCUGGCCAAGAACAGGGAAGACCGGCAGCUGUAGAUCCCGUAGAAGUGAACCCGAUGCUACAGAUGACUGCGGAUGAGAUCGCACAGCACAUCGCGUCAGUUCGUCGAGAAGGUCGCUUCACGAGCUUUGAGAAGGUGACGGAUAUUCUGUUGAAGCUCAUGUCGGAUCCAAGAAAUCGUCACGGGGUAUUCAACACGCCAGUGGACCCAGUGGCGCUGGAGCUGCCGACAUACACAACGAUCGUGCAGCACCCCAUGGAUCUUGGGACCAUCAAGCGCAAUCUGGCUGCGGGGGAGUAUCUGGAACUGGAGGAUUUCGUCGCUGACGUCCGAUUGGUGUUUGAGAACGCGAUGCUUUUCAACCCGGAGUCGCAUUACAUCCACGUUGAUGCUGGGAUCUUGCUGAAUCGCUUCAACGAGUCGGUCAAAGCGGAGCAGAAUCGACAGGCCAAGCGGCAACGCGUGCAACACGUGUGUCUUGUGUGUCGAGGCAACACGUGCAUUGUGUGCAAUCAGCAAUGCCUGGAUAUUACUCCGCCUCACUUGCAAUGCUCAGCUGGCUGCUCCUCUGAGAUCCGCAAGGGUUCAAUUUAUUUUAUAACGGAGGACGGCACUCGCGUUUGGUGUCAAAAGUGUAAAACUCGCUUGGCGAGGGACCGCAACUCCACAGACCGAGCGCCUGACGAUGAUACAGACGCGUUGCUGGACUCUCUCAUUAAGAAGAAGUGCGAGGGUGGCGUGGAGCCUUGGGUCAAGUGUGGCGAAUGCGAUCGAUGGCUUCACCAGGUCUGUGGACUCUACAAUCCUGUAAUUGGGACCUACGAGGCACAGAAAGUCCCGAACACGGGACCUGACGGCUUGUCCAUUGAAACCAACCCAUACGUGUGUCCCUUGUGUCGCUGUCGACGUAAGCGAGCGACGCCACCGCCCGAGUCGCCAAUGCGUAAGAUCCUGAACGCUGAUCCUGAUGAACACGUGCAGAACACUUCGUGUCUCAAUAUUCCGAGUUGUGAACUAAGCAUAUUUAUCCAGAACUUUCUGCGUCGUGGACUAAACGAUAUUGGCGAGCACGAGGCAGCUCAGACGCUGUAUGUACGGGCACUGUCCUUCCCAGGUGAACAUUUGACUGUUCCUGAGGGCGUUGUGCGAGCAUUUGAUGAGAACGCGCAGCUUCUAGCGCAGAUGCGGCCGGGCUUUGAUACGAACUCACAGCGUAUACCUGCUCGUAUCAGUUAUCUAUCACGUGGUUUGUAUCUGUUCCAGAAACACGAAGGGAUGGAAGUUUGUCUCUUCACGAUAUAUGCUCAAGAGUUUGGGGACGAUUGCGAGUUGGAGGCCAAUCGCCGAGCUGUGUACAUCGCCUAUCUGGACAGUGUUCGAUAUCUAAAGCCUACCAGCGCACGGACGGCAGCGUAUCAUCUGAUUCUGCUGGCUUAUUUUGACUACGUGCGACGCCAUGGUUUCUCUCGCGUACAUAUUUGGUCUUGUCCGCCGCAAAAACGAAUCAGUUAUGUGUUUUGGUGUCGUCCGUCCUUCCAGAAGACCCCAAGUGCUGAGCAUUUGCGUCGGUGGUAUAAUAAUUUACUUACCAAAGCAAAGGAAUAUGGGAUCGUCAAAGACUGGACUACACUCUACGAUCGGUACUUCAGCGAUAGCGUCUGUGGAUCCACUGCUAAUGUCGAUGCAACACCAUCAUCCUCGUUCGUAUCAGUAAAGGAGGAGAAUGGCGUGGGGGUCUCAACACGCGGUACAACAGUGCUGUCUGUGAAUCCUGAUGAGCUCGUAUGGCCAGCGCACCAACUCCCUCCUAUCUUUGACGGCGACAUUAUCCCGUCUGAGCUAGAGAGAAUUCUUGGGCGUAUCAUAUCUAGGAACGAGAAGCAAAAGCGAGCCAGUGAGAACAAGAAACUCGCUACACGUGGCAAGAACAGCUCUGUUGCUCGAGCAGGCGGCAAGCUUUCUUUUGGUGGAGUUAUUACGCGAAUAAAGGAAGAAGUGACGACUAACUCUCCGCAACCAGCGCCGCCGUCGAUGCAAGUGGACGUGAAAGUGCGCGAAGUGUUCUCCAAAUGUCAGUUUGCGGUACAACGACUGAAGAACGACUUGUUAGUGGUGGAUUUGGAGGUCGUGGACGACGAGAACAGCGAAGUCGAAGGCGCUGGAUUCGCUGGAGAGAGACGAACAAAGGGCUGCCAUCCUGAGACGCUAGUGCCGUCGUGGUACGAGCAGGUUCCUCGCUUCUUCAGCAGUCGAUUCAUGUUCCAUCAACUGUGCUCUCUGGCCGGCUACCAGUUCGACUCGCUGCGUCGAGCCAAGCACUCAACUAUGAUGAUGGUGCACCACUAUUUCAACGAACAAGUGGCCCAGCUCAACGUUUUCUGUCGCGAGUGCAGCCUCCUCAUCACUCGUGCAGACUUUUGGUCCUGUCGAACCUGUGUACGUUUCGCGUUGUGUGACACCUGCUAUGGACGCCAAGGCAGCGAGCAUCCGCAUCUUCUCGUCUUUGGGCCCGCUCCAUUGACGGUCCCGCCCCGAGUGCCGCAGAUCUCGGAACGCCCAGCACCUCCACUACAGCAGACCGAGCAGCGUGUUGAGCCCCAAACAACGGAAACAUCCAUGCAACUGCCGCCAACCGUCAACGUUUGUGAACUGUAUUGACCGUACUUCUUGAAUGUAAGCACCGAUAAUAAAGAUAUUGCACUGUCAACUAGUACCUUCAACUAAUAAAAACAACUUCAACUAUCGUCAAC